ACAAGUUUUGAAUUCCAAUUUAGACUUCCCUAACCCACAAAGGCUUAAAACUAUGCAUACGCAGCUACAGUCUCAAUUUCUUGUAGCUCUGAAAUUCUCCGUCUGUUAGUUGAACUUAAAAAAAAAAAAAAAAAAAAUCACAACGUACUGCGACAUUUCCUCGCAGAAUGAGUUUUUCUACACUUUUGCCCAGAACUCUAACUUUCUUUCUGUGCCGUUUGCCUUCCACAGACCACAACCUGGACCUGGAGAAAGACUUGAGCAUCAACACGGUUGCGGGAGCCAUGAAGGCCUUUUUCUCAGAGCUGCCCGAGCCUCUGGUGCCCUACAGCAUGCAGACGGAGCUGGUCGACGCCUUCAAGAUCAACGACAGGGAGCAGCGCUUCCAGACGAUGAAGGAUGUCCUGCGACGUUUUCCCCGGGAGAAUUACGAGGUCUUCAAAUAUGUCAUCGGCCAUUUGAACAAGGUGAGUCAGAACAGCAAGUCCAACCUGAUGACGAGUGAGAACCUGUCCAUCUGCUUCUGGCCCACGCUGAUGAGACCCGACUUCACCACCAUGGAUGCUCUCACCGCCACCCGCACCUACCAGACAAUCAUCGAGAGCUUCAUCCACCAGUGCGCGUUCUUCUUCUACAAUCAGCCCCUGUCGAACGGCCUGACCGGCUCCCCCACCUCCACGCUGUCCGGGGGCAGCGGGACCUCGGCCUACUCCUGCAUGGCCGGAGGCUACUCCUCCUCGUCCUCGUCGGCUCCGUCCCCCGCUGCCUACGUCCUCCCCGCCACGCCUCCCGUCAUUCCUCACUACGGCCCUCCCCUCCACCAGCACCACCACCAUCAAAACAGGUCCCCAUCCCAUUCCCCGCCACCCACUCCCCAGUCCACGAUCCCGGCCCUGCUGCCGCCCUCGCUGCACCCGCAUCACCCCCCGGCUGAGCAACACACGCUGUGAACCCAGGCAUCGAGGGGACGGGGAAACAGGAAGGAAGUCAAAAGAGAUGGCAGACGAAGACGGACAGAGCGUGAAGAAUUCAGAGUAAAACUGGUCACAGUUUGAAGGAUUGGGAGAUGUAAUCUAAGAUGGAAGUCGAAGUUGGGAGAGUACGAGCGAGAUGCAGUAUGUACAGGGAAGAACAGACAUGUUUGAGAGGUGGGGGGGAAGUCGGAGGCGUUUUUAGCCUCCACUGGUUUCAGAAGACGAAACAAAUGAAGAGCCUCUGAACUGACUGAAUGAACUUUUCUCUCUCUUUGACACUUUAUCCCCUUUGUCUCCCUGUCUCACUUCACUAGUUCCACCCUCACUGCCUUUUUAAGCGAGCCUACACACUAUCAGGGAGCGAGGAAAAGCUGUUCAAGGGACUCUGGCGGGGCUCGCUCCACAAACGCAUGCACACAAACGACGGUAAAAAUCCUCAAUCCGGGAGCACCCGGGAACACACACGAGCCCACCUGCUGUAACGAAGCACCCCCAGAGGCUGCGGCUGCCACAAGCCGGAGGACUGCACAUGUGUUGGUUUAUUCCACCGUUGUGCAGAGGACUCACACAAGGAAACACGUGCUAAAGCUCACCCAGCAGAAAGUUCAGACCAAAGAGGCUGAGAAAUUCCUAUCUGUCAGCCGCUCACACACACACACACACCUUGAAAGAGAGGUAAAAUUGGGUUUAAUCAUAAGAAUAUGCCAGGCAGAGUUAAAAAAAAGAAAGAAAAAAAAGUCCCAACCAACUGGAUCUGCUGGUGAGGAUUAUAGGUGCUGUAGCGACCUUUGAAUUCUCUGAAAAAAAGCUCCUCCCUGUUUCCUGGACUUCUUUAUAAGAUCUAAAGUUCAGCUCUAUGUGAGAUUUUCUGAUUGGUCCAAAUCCCAAAGUACCCGCAGCUUUGCCUUUUUAUUCGGUUUCUUAACCUGAAUUUCCCUCUGCUCAACGCUUAGCGGAAAUAAUUCCAGAGUUGAACCAUUACCUGUCAUGUUUCUUUUCACGCUGCGGUGGUUUUUACAACCGAGCCUCUGUUGCUGCAAUUUUUCAUAGCGAUGACCUUAGUCAAAAGAAAAGAAAAAAAGAGAAGCACUUUUCUGAGGCACAGUUUCAAUCCAGGGUCUGCCAUGAAGUGACUGUGUUGUUUUGUCCACUUUUCUCUCUGGGAACACAACGCUGACAUCUAGAGGAGAACUCGGGUAUCACUGCCACAUGAGCAUGGGCGUAGCACCUUCCUUUUGCUGUGGCUUCUGUAGCAUCUGGUGCAGUUGUCAAAAACCCUGUGAAAUCAGCUUCAAUAGCGUGAAAAUCGAUGUUCUAGUGUAGACUUAAACAUAGACGACUUUAACUCAAACGCAAAUAAAUUAGAGAUUGUAUGAAAUCCGAAUGUGUAGCCGCAAAAAUUCUGUUACGUUUCAGUUUCCUCCUUUGCUAAGAGCUCAAACCUUGACAAAGGAGCCCUGUUCUUUUUCAAACAUCGCAUUUUAGCAAAAAGGCAGACACAAGGCGAGAUAAAAAAUCAGAGCUUGAAGGUAUUUUAUGCUUGAAAAUAAUUGUUAGCCACUUCUCCGGGCCUCAGCAGUGGACACAGCUUAAGUCUCUGGAAUUAAAUAUCUUAUCUGGCGCUCUUGGUGGGCAAGAAAUGAACUAUAACCACUACACCAGGAGCUCAACCUCUCUGUGUGCCUCUGCAUCCCCUGUCAGAAACAGACAGCAAAGAGAGAACAGACAGUCCAUUCAUCUGUGGAGCAUCGCUGGAUUCCUCAGGCCGAGCCCAACGUCACUGUAGAAACCGGCCGAUGCAGCUGGAGGAGAAUCGCUGAGAUCCGAUUGAAGAAGGUUUAGGGUGUCCCUGCGAGUGUGUGUGGUGGGGGGUGGGGUGCGGGGUUUUGGUCCCGUGAGCCAGACAAAACGACUACAACAUAUUUCUAGCUCAGCCAGUGAGUGAACAGUGAAGGAGAUUUGAUCGGCUUAUUCGUUCACUUUGCGCGUGUGCGGGCGUGCGACACGAGAUCCGGCCGAACGUAAACUGGAAGGGAGGCGGUUCUGCUUUUGGUCAUUUUGCACCCACCGCCGCGUAACCCUGUUAGCUCGUCCCGAUUACACGCACUGAUCCACAGAAGAAGACCGAACGGGGUGAGCGGACAUGGUGGGGGGGUGUGAAUGGGAUCUUUAUCUGGGAGACGGAGGGAUGGGGGGAAGAGGGGGCGACCACUGGUACUUGUGUGAGAACGCCGGCCGGUGUUGUUCCCUUUGUACAUCAACCUGUUAAUACUGAACUGACUGUGAGGGCAGCCAAAGACUGUGGAAGGGGGAAAGAAAAGGGGGAAGCAAAGUGACAAUUUAAUGAAGAGUUGCAAACUUUGGUUCAGUGAUGAAAUUUAUUGUGGCUGCAUUAUUAUUAUUAUUAUUAUUAUUAUUAUUAUUAUUUUGUUUAUAUUGCAACAAUUGUGACAUAUGUCUAAGUUAAAUCCAGAAACAAGCAACACUAUAUUCAAAUUGUUCACGUUAGGGUAAUGGGGGCGGGGGAUCUAACAUUUUGCCCCUUUAGUCAGGGGGUUCAUAGAAACACUUUCUUUUUCUUUUCAUGUUUUAAUUUUAAGAU